GAGAGCAACCGUCGUCGCCGAGUGCCAGCCCACGAAGCUCCAGCCCCAGCGGCAGCAUCGGCAGCAUCGGCAGCAUCGGCAGCAGUAGCAGCAGCGAGGGAGGGGGAGGAGGGGUGAGCGGCCGGGGGGGGGACCCGCGCGGCCCCAGCCCCCUGCUGGAUGUCAUCUCCGAGGACGCCAUGGAGAUGGAUCUCGCUGUUGACCAAGUGAUCGACCCUGAAGUGGCCCUGAAGGCGUGCCAGGAAGUCCUUCUCCAGGUCCAGCUUCAGAACAGGGAGGGGCCUGACCAGCAACAACAACAACAAAAACAACAACAACAAGUAAAUAACAACAACAUGGACCUAACGGAGGGGGGUGCCAGUCCUCAGUGGGACGCCGGCUCCAUCAGAGAAGAAGAAGAAGAAGAAGAGGAGGGAGAGAAACACGGCGCUGUGAGAGAGAUAUCCCAGUCUUCUUCUUCUGCUGCUGCUGCUGCUGCUGCGUCCAAACAGUCGUGGCUGCUGCGCCUGUUCGAGUCCAAGCUGUUUGACGUUUCCAUGGCAAUCGCCUACUUGUACAAGUCCAAGGAGCCUGGCGUGCAGGCCUACAUCGGGAACCGGCUCUUCAGCUUCCCGGACAGUGAGGUGGACUUCUACCUGCCGCAGCUGCUCAACAUGUACGUGCACAUGGACACGGAGGUCGGGGACGCCAUCAGCCCGUACCUGAUCUACCGUUGCCGCGGCGGCAUUGCCUUCUCCCUCCUGACGGCGUGGCUGUUGGGCGCGUACUCGUCCGACAUGCACAUCUCCACGCAGCGCCACUCCAGAGGGGCCAAGCUCCGCAAACUCAUCCUGUCGGACGAGCUCAAACCUUCGUCUCCGCCGCCUGCGUCCAUCUCCGGUGGCAGCCCGGCGUCCUCGCCGUCACACCGCCGGCGCUGCCACCGGAGACACAACAGCAGCAGCGUGGAGUCCUCACUGUCUCUCUGCGCGGCCGGGCCCGUCCCGGCGGAGGCAGAGGCGGACGUGUUCGUCUCACCGUCCCGCCGGACGCACCAGAGGUCCAAGUCAGACGCCACCACGGCGAGCGGCGGGCACAGCGCCGGCCUCCGGCGGACGGGAAGUAACCCCAAAGUGGAAGCUGUCCAUGAGGAGUCCCUGCUGGGCAUCGGGAAGCGCUUGGCCACGCUGCCGACCAAGGAGCAGAAGACGCAGCGGCUGAUCUCGGAGCUGUCGCUGCUCAACCACAAGCUGCCGGCGCGCGUCUGGCUGCCCACCGCCGAACGCCAGCACCACGUGUGCCGCGUCCCGCACACGCAGGCCGUCGUGCUCAACUCCAAGGACAAGGCUCCGUACAUUAUCUACGUUGAGGUCUUGGAGUGCGAGAGCUUCGAGACGUCUCCGGUUCCAGUCCGGAUCCCGGAGACGAGGAUCCGCUCGGCUCGCUCUGCGGAAAACCUGGACUGCGGCGUUAGCGCUGCUAACGCUAUCGCUAACGGUGGCAGCGGAAUAACGUCGGAGCAUCGGGCGGGGAGCUUCUCCACGGUCCCGAACUACGACAAUGACGACGAGGCCUGGGCCACCGACGACAUCGGACAGCUGCAGGUAGAGGUGGAGACCCAGACCAGCAGCUCUGAUAAUAUCAGUCAGUUUUCAGUCGACAGCAUCACGAGUCUGGAGAGCAAAGAGCCGGUCUUCAUCGCCGCCGGAGACAUCAGGCGACGUCUGUCGGAGAACCUCGCUCACACGCCCACCUCGUUCCGGAGAGACCCCGAGGACCCGUCAGCGGUCGCCCUCAAGGAACCCUGGGAGGAGAAAGUCAGGAGGAUCAGAGAAGCCUCUCCGUACGGUCACCUGCCCAACUGGCGGCUGCUGUCGGUCAUCGUGAAGUGUGGUGACGACCUGCGCCAGGAGCUGCUGGCCUAUCAGGUGCUCCGACAGCUCCAGUCCAUCUGGCAGCAGGAGAGAGUUCCUCUGUGGAUCAAGCCCUAUAAGAUUCUGGUGAUGUCGUCCGACAGCGGGAUGAUCGAACCCGUCCUGAACGCCGUCUCUCUGCACCAGGUGCGUAAACAGAGCCAGCUGUCUCUGCUGGACUACUUCCUGCAGGAACACGGCAGCUUCACCACCGAAGAGUUCCUCACCGCCCAGAGGAACUUCGUCCAGAGCUGCGCCGGAUACAGUCUCAUCUGUUACCUGCUACAGGUCAAAGACAGACACAACGGGAACAUCCUGCUGGACUCUGAGGGCCACAUCAUCCACAUCGACUUCGGCUUCAUCCUCUCCAGCUCGCCGCGCAACCUCGGCUUCGAGACGUCCGCCUUCAAACUCACCUCGGAGUUCGUCGAUGUGAUGGGAGGUCUGAAUGGCGACAUGUUCAUCUACUACAAGAUGUUGAUGCUCCAGGGUCUCAUCGCUGCCAGGAAACACAUGGAGAAGGUUCUGCAGAUAGUGGAGAUCAUGCAGCAAGGUUCCCACCUGCCCUGUUUCCACGGCUCCAGCACCAUCCGCGGCCUGAAGGAGCGUUUCCACAUGUCUCUGACUGAGGAACAGCUGCAGCUGCUGGUGGAGCAGCUGGUGGACGGAUCCAUGCGCUCCAUCACCACCAAACUCUAUGACUCCUUCCAGUACGUCACCAACGGCAUCAUGUGACCACUGACCACGUCGACGACAACUCCGCCAGACACUGAUUAGGGGUGUAAAAUACAACUUUUAUCACGAUAAAUCGAUUCUUUGGACAAUGAUACAAUAUUUUCUGAUUUCUUAGUCUGUCACGUUACGAUAUAUUGAUUCAAUUCAGGGUCCUGCGAUCGAUACGAGACAGUUAGCGUGGCGGUUGCGUGGCGUUUUCUGUUU